AUGGCUCACUGCCAGGUGGUGUUCAGAUUAAUGGACUACGACUUCGAUAAAGCCUUUGAGAAGGCUAAAACAGAAGAAGAGAUCAAAGCACACGAUGAACAUUGGCGACAGUCGGUGGAAAAAUGUAAAAAGACGGAUAACCACAGCAGUUUGGAGAGUGUGAAAACGUUUGACAGGAGUCGAGUAGAGGCCUGCUUUAAACACCCAGAACACAACCGUGAACUGAUAUCUGGCAUAUUCUCCUUGCUGCAGAGAAUGAUCUCCCUGACAGUUUACAUCGAAUACCUGAGUCGAGACUUCACAAAGUGCUGCGGUACUGGUUUUAUCCAGAGAAUCUGGAUCGAACAAGGGGGUGAAUGUCCGUGCAGAACAUGCCAGAAAGAGGAAACUACUCCACCUGAAAACAGUUGGGCUAAGAUAACAGUGACCACUGUUCAUCACGUGGUGGAAAACUUGGAGAGUGAAAUGAAAUUGUCGGAUGUCGUGUUAGAUUACGACGAAGACGAUAGCCGUGACGAUUUAGAGAGUUAUAAGACGCUGGCAGCUUUAAAGAAGUUGGAGUUAUUUAGGGUUCAAGAUUCGGAUAAGGACGGCACUUUUGAUUGGUGCUCUGUGGAGUGUGUGACCCAUGAUAUGAACCUGGCGAGGAGGCUGAAGCGUGUUUUGGAGGAGUAUGAAACAUUUCAGGAACAAGUGUUUCAGGAGUAUACUAAGAAACGCCAGACAUUCGCAGAGAAAAGUUCGGAGGGAACAGAGAAAAGUCAGGAGGGAACAGAGAAAAGUCCGGAGGGAACAGAGAAAAGUCAGAAGGGAACAGAGAAAAGUCCGGAGGGAACAGAGAAAAGUCCAGAGGGAACAGAGAAAAAUCUGGAGGGAACAGAGCAAAGCCAAGAGGGAACAGAGAAAAAUCUGGAGGGAACAGAGCAAAACCAAGAGGGAACAGAGAAAAGUCAGGGGGUCACAGAGAAAACCCAGGGGGUCACAGAGAAAAGUCUGGAGGGAACAGAGCAGAGCCUGAAAGACGUAAAGCUGGCUGUUGUUGUUGGACACCCCCAUGGAAUGCCCAAGAAGAUCAGCUUCGGUGUCUGGGACAAGAAGAGGACUCUCAAGGAGGUCCGCGACCGGCAGGAGUGGUGCCGGUACUCCUACACGACCCCCACCUGCCCGGGGAGUAGUGGCUCGCCCGUCUUCAUCCUGGGGCAGCCGCUGUGUGGGUUCGGGUACUGGUUCGGCCACCCACACAACCACAGCCGUGGCUACGAUGAAGGUGUUUUGGUCAACUUUAGUUCCAUUGGUACCAAUCACGCUGAUUCCCCUUGA